AUGAGCUCCGAGUGGGACCAGACGUGCCUCGUGUGCGGCAUCAAGACCGAGAACCGGUGCUCGAGCUGCGCCAAGGCCGGCAUCGACCUCUUCUUUUGCUCCCCCGACCACCAGAAGCUCGUCUGGAAGGCGCACCGUCGCGUCUGCGGGCCGGGCAAGGCCAACCCGUUCAUGUGGCCGCUCCUGUCGCAGCUCGAGGCCGACGAGAUCAUCGAGCACAUGCACGACAUCAUCGUUCCCUUCGCGCUGCGCAACUCCGAGAUGGCGACGUUGGCAGGAGCCAUGUGCCGCUUCUUGGACAUCGACCCUGAGCAACUCAAGUCUCUCGUACGCUACCUCGUCAUUGGCGCAGAGCGCCCGCUCGGGGACACUACCGAGCUUGACCAGCUCAUGCUCGCAAAGCUUCGGGCUUUCGAGCCGGCGCGCCGGGCGCGAGUGCUCGACGCCCAGUUCAUGAGCGUGCCGUACCUUGACCCGAUCACGGCCACGGCGCACCAUGACGUCCUUGUAGCCCACACGAGCCCAGAGGGCAACGAGCCGUGGCGCACCGAGUACCGGCACCUCAUGCUCGUGCAGCUGUUCCUCGGCCAAACCCCUCCCGUUGAGUGGUUCGACCGCAUCUUUGCGCGGUCCAACGCGUUUGUGCGCACCGAGAUCGAGCCGCAGCACCCUCGAACUGCCGAGAAGCUGCUCAUGCAGGGGCCGGCGAGCGAGAUCCUCGCCGAGCGGCUGAGCCAGUACAACCUGUAG